AGCGAGGACGACGCGUUGCUUUUUCCUCCAAUCGUACCGGGCGGUGAAAAUUGCUUUCCAAUCGUUUCCAGGCGUUUUCCGGUGUGCAAAUGUCGCUCGUAUCGAUCGCAAGACCGAUGCGGUGCUAGAUGCAGCUUGAAACAGCAAAUGUUUAUGGUGUUUUGUUUCGACACAUUCGUCCAGAAGCGUACCCAAGGACUCGGGGACUCUACUGUAUGAUCGGUAGAAAAGCAACAGAUCAUAACAAGUGCCGAGUGUGUCCGAGUGUGAAUGUGCGGGAAAGUGUGAUCCCAACAGCAGAAGGCAGUAGUGUGAAUGCCGUAUAGUUGUAUGCGAAAGCCACGACGGUGUUGUGUGCGUGUACUGAACAGUUUGGCUCUUGCAUAGUAGCGCGAGCAACAGAUCCUUGGUUUUUAACACCAAGAACUACCAGCAUUUCCUACAGUGUUGGUGAUUUAAUUUCUUCUCCUGAGUGGAUUCUUCUCAACAUUUGGUGCGUCAUAGUGAGUGCUUGUCCGGAGGACAGAGAGUGCAGAAAGGAGAGAGAAAAAACAACAACAAUAGGACAGGAUAGAAUUUCCUGUGUGUUGAGUGAGUGAAGAAGGACGGAACCGGAACUGGACUGGUUGGUUGGUGUUCGGAAGGUGGUUCGCACGCGGCGGAAUACGCGGAAGUAAACAAGCGCACAAACCGAGCCGAACGUCUGGCCGGGCAGAAGAGCGUUGGUUGGAACAACAAUGAUGCCGAAACGAUCACGUCUGGGUGACGUCCGCGGGCCAAUUUCGAACGGACCGAUGCAAUCGCGCCCACUGGUCGCCCUGCUCGAUGGGCGCGACUGUUCGAUUGAGAUGCCCAUACUGAAGGAUGUGGCCACGGUUGCAUUCUGCGAUGCACAGAGCACAUCAGAGAUUCAUGAAAAAGUAUUAAACGAAGCCGUCGGCGCACUGAUGUGGCACACAAUCAUUCUGACGAAGGAGGAUCUGGAAAAGUUCAAAGCCCUCCGGAUAAUCGUCCGGAUUGGAAGCGGAGUCGAUAACAUUGACGUGAAGGCGGCCGGUGAGCUCGGUAUCGCCGUCUGCAAUGUGCCCGGGUACGGCGUCGAGGAGGUCGCCGACACGACCAUGUGCUUGAUCCUGAACCUUUACCGGCGGACCUACUGGUUGGCGAACAUGGUGCGAGAAGGCAAGAAAUUUACGGGCCCGGAACAGGUGCGAGAUGCAGCGCAGGGAUGUGCCAGAAUACGCGGUGAUACACUUGGGUUGGUUGGACUGGGACGCAUUGGCAGCGCGGUCGCGCUGCGAGCAAAAGUAUUCGGCUUCAAUGUGAGCUUCUACGAUCCGUACCUGCCGGACGGUAUCGAGAAAUCGCUCGGACUCAACCGCGUCUACACACUGCAGGAACUGCUGUUCCACUCCGAUUGCGUCUCGCUGCACUGUACAUUAAAUGAACAUAAUCAUCACCUUAUCAAUGAGUUUACGAUUAAACAGAUGAGACCCGGUGCAUUCCUGGUAAAUACGGCACGCGGUGGCCUGGUGGAUGACGAGGCGCUAGCCGUCGCACUGAAGCAAGGUCGAAUCCGGGCGGCAGCACUAGACGUUCAUGAGAAUGAGCCAUACAAUGUAUUUCAGGGUGCCCUGAAAGAUGCCCCCAACCUGCUCUGCACGCCACACGCUGCCUUCUACAGCGAAGCGGCCACGACGGAACUGCGCGAGAUGGCGGCGAGCGAAAUCCGACGGGCAAUCAUUGGCAAUAUACCGGAGUGUCUCCGGAACUGCGUGAACAAGGAAUACUUCCUGCGUUCGUCGACGGGCGGGGGAGCCGGCGGAUACUCAGAAGGCCCCUCCCGCAGUCUAGCUUUGUCUAAGGAGGCGGACUGCCUGUGACUUUAAUUAGACAGUUCUGAAACGUGAUUUGAGCCGCGCACCGUAAUUGCACAGUAAUCGAGCAGAAGAUAGAGUCUAAUGGUAAAACAUACCAAGCAAGGGAGAAGUUACAGUUUUAAAACACCUUUCAACAGAACAGAAAACGUCGUUGAAGAAACGCUAAUAAACAACACUCAGCCACUCAGGUGAGCGCAGCAAGUUAAUUUGUUUAGCAUAAGGUUUGAAUGGCUGUAAGUGAACGGAAGAAUGUGUGCGUGAAGUGUGAACGAAAGCGAUGAAUGGUCAUUUUCGAAUUGUAAUACAUCCACGUGACACCAACGCGCGUGUUGUCACACCAAGGGGUGUCGUCUUGAUUGAGAAGCAAUCAAAGUAAGUCAGAGAACAACAUCCUGCAAGACCAAUGGUAACUACGUAACGACAGAAAUGUCAGAAUGAUAGGAACAGUUAAGGGAGAACGUCCCUCCCCGCAAUGUGUGUAUGUGUGUGUAUGCGCAUUGUAUCUUUUGCGCGAGAUAUACGCGAAAAGGAUUAAAGAUGGAGCAUGUAGCGCGAUGCGUAAAUAUUUCCCCAUGGAAACGUUUAGACGCAUAAGUUAGUGCAGCCCAUAGUUUUGUUCCAACCAUGCGAUAAUUGAACCCCGACUCCAGAGAUUGCCUGCACACACCACUUCCUUCAUUGGCGGUAUUUCUAGAACGUAAAGUCUAGAGAUAAAAACAAAAUACUUCUUAUGGAAUUCCAAGUUGCAUAGAAUAAAAAGGAACGUGGUGUGUGAUAUACGUACAGGCGCCAUUCUUUUAAACCGUGCUACAAUCGCGCGGGUGUACACUUUAUCUUUUUAAAGAGCAACUCUUUCUCUUCUUUUCGUCUUUGGGCACAACAAGAACAAAAAAGCAAACAUAUAUGUGUUUUCUUUUUAUUUAAGUUCUCUCCUUGUGGAAGGUUUUAAAUACAUUGAUGGUAUAUAGUAGAACGACAUACACACAGGCAUGUUUCAAAUUUGUGACUAGGCACAACACAAAGCGACAACGCAAAUAGUAGCUGCUGGACAAUGCAAACCAAUGUGCUUCGUUUAUUUUUAUUUGUUUUAAAUUGUCUAUAAGAGAGAAAUACGCUCGGUUCAGUAUGCAAAGGCUUCAUUUGUCAAAACAAAAACAAUAAAAUUAAUUCUUGACGAAACACGUGCGUAAUGUGUGUGUAGAAUGGUCGUCUUUUCUUUUCUGAUUACGUAUCAUCGGGGGGAGAAAUGAGGAUGGAUAAAUACGAUGGUUCCCGGGUGCAUUCGAAUUCAACUGGGGUCGUGUGCGUGUGUGAAGUUUUCUUCGGCGCAAAGUGGACUUCGUCCUUGGGAUCAUCCCCGUCCAAGAUGAAGGGAAAGAUGGCGCUUAUCUGCGAACAGGCGAACCUAACAACGAAGGUGAAGGAGGAACACAUCGGUGUGCACAGAGGACAAACGGAAAAAAGGGCGGCGGUGUGGUGCAUGCUGCGAUUAUCCGUUACCGAAAUAUCGUCAGAACGUCAACAGACAACGGAGCGGAGUAU